AGUUAGUUAAUUAACACCUCUAUCUCUCGUGGAGGCAGUGGGAGCUGUUAUUUUUUCCUCUUCUUGGCAGCCUUUCUCUCUCCCUUCUAUACUCUUCUCUUUACAAUAAGACCCUGUGAUGGGUAAAGGGAAUGAUCUCCUUCACCUCCUCAAGACGGGAAACUCAGGCGAGGCCCGCAAGCUUGUCGCUAAGAUGAAAAAACAAGGGAAAAAGAAAUUCUUAGCAGCUGUCAAUGAGCAGGAUGAAGAGGGCUGUACAGCCCUUCAUUACAGUGCUGGAUUUAAUUUCCUUGAUUUUAUUGAAGAAUUUCUUGAAGCUGGGGCAGUCAUUAAUAUAGAGGACAAUAGAGGUGCUACACCAUUGCAUUUAGCAGCUACUAAUGGUCGCUGUGAAGCUGUUUCUAUAUUACUAAGGAGAGGAGCUGAUCCUAAUAUAGUAACACGUGUUGGCGACAGCCCGUUACAUGCAGCUGCUCAAAAUGGACACACUGAAGUGGUUGAGUAUUUAGUAAAAGAUCAUGCAAGAUGUACAUUGCUGAAUGUCUCUGGGCAGUCGCCAUUAGAUCUUGCUUGUCAGCAUGGUCACACUAACUGUGUCGCUUAUCUUCUUCACUCCGGACAGUUUAGCCCCCAGAAGCAGGAGACGGUUCAAAAUGCUUUGAAACUCGCCUCAAAGCACGGCCACACCCACGUGUUGAAUCUACUAAUAAGGUAUGGGUUUGAUAUAAACCGUGUCCUGCCUGGUGCCCACGGUACUUGUCUACAUGAAGCAGCUCUUUACGGUAAAACUGAGACAGUACAUUAUCUGUUGCAGUGUGGAGCAGACCCAUCAGUAAAGAACACACAAGGACUCACACCACUUGAUAUUGUGAAUCACUAUACGGACCCAAGGAGUGCACACCAACUGAAACAGAUACUACAAGAUGCUGUUGCUAAUCAAAUCAGAACCAGUGGCCAGAGAGUGGGAGGAGUCAGUCAUCAACAACAAACCACAACUAAUAGCACUAGUAGUGGAACAACAGCUGCUCAACAAAUGUACACACAAUACUAUCAGCAGCAACAACAGCUACAGCAGCAACAAGCAGGAGGAGGAUCUAGAGGAAACUAUACUGGUCAUCCUCAGACCCAUACUGGUUAUGCUCAGACCCAUACUGGUUAUGCUCAGACCCAUACUGGCCAUCCUCAAACCCAUACUGGCCAUCCUCAAACCCAUACUGGCCAUCCUCAAACCCAUUCCAGUCCUCAUACUGGCCAUCCUCAUGCUCAUGCUGGCUAUUCUCAGACCCAUACUGGCCAUUCUCAAGCCCAUGCUGGUUAUGCUCAAACCAAUACUGGUCAUCCUCAGGCCCAUACUGGUCAUCAUCAGACCCAUGCUGGUCAUCCUCAGACCCAUGCCGGUCAUCCUCAGACUCAUACCGGUCAUCCUCAGACCCAUGCUGGUCAUCCUCAGACCCAUACUGGUCAUCCUCAGACCCAUACCAGUCAUCCCCAGACCCAUACCGGCCAGCCUCAGUCCUAUACUAGUCAAAGUGGUGGCGGUAGUCCUAAAGUGGGUGCGGCCUCAUUGCCAGGUGGUGAUUUUGCGUCCAUGAUUGCUGGUAAAGUUGCUAGCAGGAAUCAAAGAAGAGAAGAAGAUCAAGUCAUGAUGAGAAGCUCAACAAUGGCUACUGGGACCCAGAGGCCUGUUAUUGAUAAAGCUGCAUUAUUAAGAAAAAGGCGGAGUUAUUCAGAUGAAUCAGAAGCAACUGAGACCAUACCUUACAGUAGUAACCCACCUACUCUACCGAGACGUACUCAUGCUGGACCGCCCACUUUUAAACCAGUUCCCCCUCCAGCCACUUCACCAGUACCAGGUGAUACCCAACCGUCCCCAGUUCUAGGCAAUGCCUCGUUGCCGUUAGGUGAAGUUAAGUUGAAGAAGAUUUCAUCUGUACCUGCUCCAGCUCAAAAAGAGGAGCCAUCUUUCGAGAACGAAUUACUUAAAAAACUAAAAAGGCGUCAAGAAACCAUAGACACGCCUCCAGCAGCUGUAGAACAACCACCCACUCAAUCUAACCCGUUAAACGAAUCAGCACCUGCCCCUCCUCCCACACAGCAGGAGACCACACCCACUCAUCAACCGCCAUCACCUGUAAAGCCAGCUCCUAAGCCAAAGCCUAAACCAAAGGGUAAAGUUGAUCCUCCUCCUCCGCCUGCAGCAGCUGCUGUGGAGGCACAGACAGGACCAGCUCCUUUAUCGUGGCAGGAGGAGAUAGCAAAAAGAAAGUUACAAAAGGAGAAGGAAGAACAGCUUAGAAGAGAAGAGGAAGCCAAGAGAGAGGAGGAGGAGAGAAAGAGAGAGGAAGAGAGAAGGGCAGAAGAAGCAAGGAGAGCAGAGGAGGCUAGGAAGAUAGAGGAAGCUAAGAGAUUACAAGAAGAAAAGAGAAUUGAAGAAGAGAGAAGGGCAGAGGAAGCAAGGGUAGCUGAAGAGGCCAGGAAGAGAGAAGAAAUCAGGAAAGCUGAGGAGUUAAGAAGGGGAGGGGGACCCGGGCCUAGUAUUAAUAAAUCUCCGCCUAAACCACGUCCUAAGCCUUCUAAAGCUCCUGUACCACCUCCGGUCACUACUGCCCCUCCCCUCAAUAAUGCCACGCCUUCUAGUAGUGCCACGCCUCCUAGCAGCGCUGGUAUUGUGUUACCAGCAGCUAUGAUUGGACCAGGUGGAGGAGGAGGAUUCAUUUCAUUGCCGUCGUCAAUGAUCGGACCGUCUUCUAACGGAAUCCCACCCAGUGAUCCCACGCCUACUGGCGUGAUCUCAACUAGCACUUCUGCACCAGUAACUGCUCCUGUAUCUACUCCAAUUAAUACCCAGAGUGCUCCUAAUAUUUCUGCUCCAAGCGUUCCUAUACCAACUCCAAUUAAUGCCCCCAGUGACGAGAAGGAGUCCAGCCCAUUACAUGCUCUUAAGGAAUUGGAUAGACCAGCCACGCCUUCAAGCGAACAUCAAAUGUCCCGCAGUACCAGUCUUAGUUCCAUACAGUCGGUUCCUAUUUCAGCUACAAUGCCUCAGUCGGCAUUUGAGUGUAUCCCAAUAGCUGAAUGGCUCAAUAGUUACAAGUUACAAGAAUACGUCUCAUUACUGGAGUCUGCAGGCUAUGACAACACCGACUUUCUACUGGGUACUACUGCAGAGGAACUUUCAGAACUUGGCGUGACUAAAGUCGGCCAUCGUAAGAGGAUUCUAUCCGCUUUGAGCCAGCUGAUUGCAAAAGAACAUUUCUUGACAUUUAAACCAUCUAGUGUAGCCGAGUGGUUACAGCAGUUAGGACUGAGUGCUUAUGAGACCUUGUUGAUAGAGUCUGGCUAUGACGACAUUGAAUUUAUAACUUCAGUCACCAAAGAAGAACUGGUUGAGAUUGGCAUUGUUAAAAAAGGUCAUAUUAAAAGGUUCGAGAGAGGCAUAAACGAGUUAAACGAGUUACUAAAGACCGAGACAGUCACCUCUCCUUACCCGUCUACUAAUUAUCACAUUCCGUUGCCAAGCUCUCCCUCUCACAGUGUUUCUAAUCUAUCUUCUUCUUCGCAGAACUUUGAGAGCACUCGCGCUUCAUCUAUAAUAACGGAGCCGGAAGGAGGUGUGGUCAGAGAUACAGAGGUAAAGCCUCGUGCUAGCAGUGACGUCAGUAAGGUCUCAAAUAAUGCGUCAAGUGUUGAUUCAGGUAUUGAAGUAGCCGAGAAACGUAAGAGUGUGAAUUUUAAUAAAAUGAAACAUUUACUUGAGAAGAGAAUGGGAAUACCAGUGACUGGUGAAGUUACAGUCGAUGAUGAGAAUGACGAUGAUGAAUGUACCCCUUGUCCCUCUCCUCCCCCACCUGUAGUAGCCCCGCCCACUGCCAAACAGGCAAGACCUUUAUCUACUAAUAUGUCCGAUAAGUCUAAAUCCGGCGGACCACCUCCUCCUAUUCCAAGACGAGCCGUUUCCACAGUACUGACGGGCAAGGAAAGUCCUUUGCUACAGAAUCAAGUUAUGACUAACAAUGAUAGCACAGAUCAAGGGAAUGAUGCCACUCCUACACAUCUUUAUAGAACGGAGGAUAUUGAUGGCGUUUUAGACGGGACUCCUCCUCCUCCUCCUCCUCCUAAAGAGGUCAAGAGAUCAGCUUCACUUAUACCGGAACUUGACGCAUUAGAGAGCGUCCUUCAAGGAUUCAAUCAACCAGGGGACGAAGAAUCUGGAGCUCUAUCUGAGGAGGAGGAAGAAGAGUCAAAUAAAACUGACCAGCUAUUGGCAGAUAUUGAUGACAUGUUAGCCGAUCUCAAUGAUCACCUUGACGUUAUGAUUCCAGGAUCAAAAUAAUACUUGAUAUUGAUUAUAUUGAAUAAUAUUAUAAUAGACACUAUUUGAGUUUGAAAUCAGUUAAAUUAUACAAUUUAUUAUUGUUGUUAUUUUGUGUGUGUUGUUUGGGGUCUUUUUAUUUGAGAUCUUUAGUGUGUCAUUGUUUUUAAAUAAUUGUAAAAAUGGA